CGUUAUCGGGAAAUGCGACGACUCCGUUGGACGAGUCGCGAGGUAAGAGGGGCAUCGUCCGAAUACGAAUUUGAGGAUCGAUCGGAUGUCGCAAUCGUAGAACGUGCAUCACGUGGCGAUCAUAGCUCACAGCUGCGAGCAGGAGAGAACAAUGAUCGACGGCGCGAGACAUGAUUUUGUUGCGACGCCAUGAACACGGCGGCCAUUGCGUAAAGUAUCGCGCGCCCUUCGAUCAACUCCCUCGCGCGUCCGUCGCAAUUAGAUCGCGGACGACGAGAAAAAGAGAGCGAAAGGCGCCGCGAUCGACGAAGGGACGGAGAUCUCGGGAGGGAAAGAAAUUAUCGCUUGGAGGAUUCUACGGGGAGACGGACCGACUGAUCGAGGUCGUGUCGAAAGAGAGAGACGAUUUUUGUGCGUAGUCGCGCUGGCUUUUCGAGAUGCACGUAUACACGUAUACGUAAUGAUGAUGAAUCGUCUUCUGACACGGCAGGUCGCAGUGCUUCGCGUGCGAUAUCGCUAUUACCGGUCCUUGACGCCCCUUUUUCGCCGAUAGUGAUCGCGGCGAAAGAGAUCUUUGCGCGAAAUCCAACGGAUCGUCGGACUCUUGGAAAUUGUACUCUUGAUCGAUCCCUUUAGCAGAAUUAUUUGUGACAUAAUCUACGAAUCGUCGAGAAAUGUGUCACCACAACUGCACCAAAAUUUAACGAUAGCUUUUUUUCGGCACAAAGAGUCUCGAUACUUUUAACGUAAAAACAACGCGCGUAGUGAGGUGACAAGAUAAUAUUAAGCUCGACGACUCGUCAUUACCCUUACUCUUGUUUCGAAUAUUCGAGCACUUCGAAUCUCGAGGCCGAAUAAAUAUAUGUCGCGAACGCGAAUAAUGGAACAAUCGUAACGAGUGAUUGUUCCAAGCAGUGGCUAAUUGGCUUCUAAAAAUUUUAGGCAAGACGAUAUAUACAUAAUUUGUUCUCAUCGUCGAUAUAUCGUGCCUAAAACGAACGGUACGAACGAAUAAUCCAUGCAGCUGAAAGAAGAACGUGUUUGAGAUGAUUCCCAUACGAAACAACCUGCGAUUCACCGGAAUAGGAAGAGGUUAUCGCAGUAUCUGAUCGACAUCUGGCAAGGUAUCGCGAUCGGGACAAUGGAUCUGGAUUGCGUCUUUCUGGAUCGUCUUUACGGCAACGUUGACAAAAAACAAAGUACAAAAUGGACGAAGAAAUCGAGAAAAAAUUUGCAAAAAUGCAAAAAUACCUUCCAUUUGUGGAAGCGAUGAUUGAGAGGCUGCAAAACGUUAAGGACAAGGACAAUCGGGAAAUCCAAUUGCAGAAAAUGCAAAGUCUUCACGGGAUUCUGUCAAACAAGCAAAAGUUAAAAAUCGAGACAUUGCAGCGAUGCGAGGAUGUUUUGCAGAAACUGCACAAUAAAGUAGAAAAGUUUCAGGGAAAUACGCUUGGUUUGCAAUUGCCAACUAAACAAAAUGAUGGCACCACACCGCAAUCGUCGACUUCGUUGGAGAAUGCGAAAUCAGAUCAAUACAAGAAAACGGCAGGACAACCACAAGACGCGGAAAAGGAUAUAGAAAUCGAAGAAACGCCGGCGAGUCCGGAUACAGUCAGAUCCUCCAGUCCUGAUUGCCAAAUUCUACCCACAAUAAUUCCUAUGGAGCGCAACGCGGACUUGUCGAAAAAGAAAAGACGACGACAAUUUCGUAAAAUACCGGUUAUAACGCUUACGGAUCGGAGAGAAAUAACCAUCUCAUCGCCAACAGAUUCAGAGGAUAUUUCUUUUUCCGAAUGGGAUAUGCUAGAAGAAUCGGAGAGGCAUACUAUUACAAGCAGAAGCGAUCGGCAGUCUUCGCAAGUCGCUUCUAGUCAUGACGUAGCAACCGCGGCAAAAUUAAUUAGUAAUAAUCUGCCGCAAAAAGUCAACGACAGCAGAAACUAUUCGUUGGAUUCGCAAGAUAUACCAACCGUUCCAGUGCCUUCUCUCGGCGGCUCUAGGCGAUUAACGUCAGUCCUAGAGAAGAGCAAGUUGAUGAAUUUAGACAUAAUAACUGACAACAAUUCUUCUAGACCGGAAUCACCCGUCAAUGUUCCGGAGGUAAGACUCAAAUCUCCUGAUCCCGAGAUACUGUUUGCGAAACCUGCGAUUAUGUCACCCAGACCAAAAGAUAAUCACAACACGGCAUCGAAGCUACCAUCGAAACCGUCGUCAAUACCACUUUUAUUUUCGCCACCACCUUUCUCGAGUGAGCCUCCGCUGUCAAUGGAAGAUCUAGCAGAGUUGUUAAACGACGAAAGCGAUAGCGAGAAAAGAAAUGAUAAGACGAGCGAAAAUGCUGCGCAGCAUAAAAAAGAUUCAGGCAAUCAGGAAGCGAUUAAAGACAAAAUAUCGAAAAAUCCUUUGCUAUCAGACAGAGAGAACGAGAAGCGAUCAGAGCAGGUGGACAAGCAUACAAUUAAAAUUACUUCUAGAAAAUCGAAUGCAGCAGGAAACUCGAGCGUGAAGUCAAGCGAGAUUAAAGGACCAUCUCAUCAGUUAAAUGAUCAUCGAUUAGUACCGCAAACAUCUUUUUCGAAUUCCAAAUACCAAGAGCCACGUUAUGCGGAUAACUACGAGAGACAUCCACGUCAACGUGACUCUCAUGGUCAUGAAAGCGCGAAAGAUAAGCUAGUUGCUGGCUCCAACAUUUCUGAGGAAACAUCUCCUCAGAUAUCAAUUCUCUAUCAUAAUAUUACGAACAAAUCGGAUGAGAGAAACGUUCCAUUAUAUCAGAGACGUUCAAGCUUACCACCAGAAGGACGGAAGGAUCCGGCACCAUCUAGGUCGGAGAGCGAAUUUGUGAUAGAAGGUAUCGACUACUACAAUAUGCAUGUUAAUCAAAUGCAUUGGCAAUCUCCCGCGAUUGCCACCAACGAUCAUGCAUUUGGUAACCCGCAGUGGACACCUCCCGCAUAUGGUGGAAUAGCCCAAUCCUUGCAACCUCAGCAUCCUUAUCAACAUCCGAUGGAACCACAAUUUAGACCAAAUCAGUUUUCGGCUGGUCCAACUUUAUCCGCUGGUCCCAGACCGUUAAUAACUCCCACUGCACGACCGCAAGACAUGAAUCACGUGACUACAAGACCAGAAAAUAUUCGGGAGGAUAUAUCUCCUUUAAUGUCUUCUCCCGCGUUUCCGGUCACGCCGCAAUACAGAGGCUUUCAAAUGAAUCAAGGAUCUUACGAUCCAGCUUUCACUGUUGAUAGAUCAACGGAGUAUCCCCAUGUGAGACCGAAUUGGGAAGGGCCCGCCAACCGGGUGGGUGAAAAUGUAAUUCCUUGUGGAAUUCAGGAAAAUUCUACAGGAACUUCGUAUCUACGGCCUAGCACACCGUAUCCCUGGGGCACACGGGAUAGAUGUAAUAGAGGCCGUGGGAGGGAUGGAUAUUAUGAAAAGAAUAGGACAGAAAUGAGGCCUGGUUUUAAUCGUCGACCCGAUUGGCCCCGAGACAGCUUUCCGAAUCGUGAUCCACGCGUUCGUAUGGAGCAUAAUACGACGAACUUGAAUCAGACCAAAGAGACUAGUGGUUCCGUUCGAGAUCCACGCCUUGCCAAAGAUAAAUACGUGAAUACAUCAACUAAAGCCAAAGACGCCGUUCACAACGAGAAGGAUUCUAGAAAACGGCCGCCGAUCAUAAAAACAACAAAAGGAAAAACUAAAUCGCAAAAACCAGAACCUGAGAAAGAGAAGAUUGACAAGCUACCAAAAGACAGGAUGCAGUCGCCGUUAGAGAGUCUGUAUGGCGUGAUUGACACGAAGGCCAGUCAAAACUCUGGUUUGCAAAAGUUUAAGAUUCCCAAAAUUAAGCGGCCCGAACCACCACCAAAUCGCGUCUCCAAUAAGACGAAAGAGAUCGAUAGCAUUUCACGUGGCUUGUCGCGUACAAAAAGCGAUAAGAAAAAAAAUAAAAAUUCACGUGUUGAGAAUACGAACAAGGAUGAUGCAAGCGCUGAAGUAAGCAGCAGUAGCGACAGCAAUCGCGUAACGGAGGACUUGUUCCAGUUAAAGCAAAAUAAUACUGCAAAAGAAGCAGAAGUUAUCUCGUCUCUUGUCACAGAAACUAAUAAGAGUGAAGUGAAGAUUGGUGAAGCAGAUUCGGUGACAAGCGAUUCCAAGUUUAAUGAUGUAGAGAAAAGCAAGAAGAAUGAAUCGGAAGCGGACGAGUCAAAGCCGAAGGAAGAGGUAACACAGGAAUGGAUCGAGGCGCUUAUUAGGAAAUCUUUCGAAUCCGGUGAAGGAAAAAAAUUAUUUGAACAGGCCAAACUGAUACAAAAGCUUGGGGAGGCAUUGGAGACGAAAAAGCUCAAAAAAAUCAAAAAGAUUAUUGAGUCUGAGUCCGAAAGCAGCUCGGAUAAAGAUGAAGCUAAGGUUGAAGCGAAGAAAACUUCAACCAAGAAGAAAAGACGAGUAAUUGUGUCGGAUAGCUCGGAUGAUGAUUGUCUUGCAGAGAGACUCGAAGUUUUAACUGCCGAUCUUGAUACGAACGAAGAGAGAACAUCAGUUUCUACAACAGAUCUUAAAAAUUUGGAAGAGAAAAAUGAAACAACGGUAUCUGAUAAUAUAAGUAAAGAUCUAGUUGAAGAUGUUACUGCGAAGAAAAAUAAUAGCUUAUCAGAAAAUCGUGACGGAAAAUGUGAUGUUCAAGUAUCUGACAAUAAUAAAAGUAAAAACGCACGAAUAAAGAAAAAAAAUAAUAAGGAUAAAGAUCGGUUAAAAGAUAGUAAUGAAAAGACUGAUGUUCAAUCAGAAAGCAAUAAGCAAGUAAAUAGUCGAUUAGAAAAUGAUGAUAAAUCGAAGAAGCAAACCGAAGAUAAAAUUAAUCAAAUAUCUACAGAAAAAUCCAAGGAUAAAAGUAAUAUAGAACAUUCGUUGGAUCAAGAUAAAGAUGAAACAGAAUGCGCGGAACCUAAUAUUGCAGAUCGAGUUAAUGAAAUUUCUGGUGAUAAACCAAAGACAAAAACGAAGAGAAGAAAUUCUCUGGAAAUGUUGCAAGAAGAUAUCAGAGAAAUGUUUAUUAGUGAAGGCGUAGUGACAGCAACAGGUUAUCGUAUGUGUCGAUUAUUGAAGGAAGAUCAGCCAACUGCAGGAAUGAGCCCGGGCACACUAUCAACGAGCUCUAAAAAAGAUGAAACGUCGAGCGCGACUGAGACGAUCGCAGAAUCAAAUACCGAAGCGAUAGAUAACAACACUAAGUCAAAGAAAGCUUUGAGACCUCGAAGUAUUGGAGAGUCAAGUAAACCGAAAGCUAAAAAUAAAAAGGAUAUUAAACGAACUCGUAAUCUACGUUCUAAAGAAUCUAUUCCUAAUUCUGAUAGUGAGGAGGAUCAACCGUUGGCUCUACGAACUGAGAGGUUGAACAGCGCUGGUGGUAAGAUAUCGAAUCAAGAAGGGGAUUGUGGCGAGGAAAUCAAUGAUCCGCUACGUAGAUCUAAACGCAUCUUGCAUAAAGAUGUUGUAAAGGAAUCACGAGUGGUCGUAGAGAAGACGGAUAUUGCAAAUAUAGAUUCGUCUAAAGUUAUGUUUGAUAGUUCGUCCGAUGAGAGUUUUGGCAUAGAUGUGUCCGAGUUAGCCGCAGCGGUGGAAGUCUCUCUUCGGCCAGAGAAGCAGUCCGAUCAGGAUUCAGAGGAUCCGAGUUUGAGGCGACGACAAACUAAGAAAAGCGUGAGUAAACGAAAUUCGAAAUCGAAGAAAACGUCCUUACUUAACGAUGACAAAAGUGAGGACGGAAUGUCUUUUACGGACGAGGAGAGCGUGCUAUCGGACAUUUCCAUGUCGAGUAGCACAAUUGUCGGAAAAAGAAUAAGUGGUGGCUCAGCUAGAACAUCCACUAGAGAGGAAUUGUUAAGUAAUAUCCUAGUGGGAUUGGUGCCGGCAACGACAGAGAAGAGCACAUCGUUAACCGACAAGGGUAAUGAAGCGGAUCUCGAUGAGGACACGAACGAACCGUCAACUGAGACGAAAAAGAUUUCAACGAAGAAGAAGAAGAAGAAAUCUAGUUGGCAGAUGGGAAUAGUGUCUACUAAGAAAAAGAAAAAGAAAACCGCUUUCUCUAAAACUGCUCAGACAAAUAUCGAAGAGACAAAUACUGAAAUCAAUGUUCCAAUGGAUACCACAGAAGAUAAUCGAUCGAUAUCGGAAGAUAACAAGGCUAUAGCGAAGGAAAAACCUUCCAUACAUAAUCAUAGUGUAGAUGACGUAAAUGUAAAUUAUUUAGUAAAAUCCGACACUAAACCACCUAUAAAAACCGAUAGUUUUGAUAUAGAUUAUAACGAAUUAAACUUGGCGUUAUCAGAGUCUUUGGAUGCAAUUAAGGAAGCACUUUCGAACGAAUCGCUUAUUUCCAUCGAGGAAAAUAAACCUACAAUAAAGAUUGAGGCAGAAAGUACAACAAAUGCUGUUAUCAUCGCGCCACCGUGUACUGCUACCACAAAAACACUUUGCAAAGAAAAAUUAAAUAUCGUUUAUGACAAGCAGAUGGAGGAGCUCUUUCACAAAAUCGAAAUUAAACAAUUGAUGGACUAUAUAUGGACCGGUCAGGACAAGUACAAGUGCUUGUUGUGCAUUUUUACGGGCAAAAACAUUGUUCAUCAUUACAAGAUGAAUCAUCCCGGACAAGAGGUACUAAUUGCGCGUCUCAACCCGACGAAUGCAGAAACUGCGAUUUUAGAGAGUAGCGCGACUAUAGCAUCCGCGACAGAAACAACAAGUCAGGUAUGCAAGUUCCACUGCAGAUUUUGUUACUAUGUCACAGAAGGCGCGGCAGACGUGGCGCUCGAAGCUUUUUACGAGCAUUGUACUACGCACACAGGUGAAUACAGAUUCCACUGCAACAGUUGUUCUUAUCAAGCGGUAGCCAAGGCAUCUAUGAGAACGCAUUAUUAUAAAAUGUGUCGUAAGCACAACGACACAUUUAACGAGUCUGCAUCCGAGGAUGCUGUGCCGCAGGAAGGCGCCGUUUACGGUUACCUAUGUCGCAGUUGUAAUUAUGUGCAACUGAAGCGGCAUAAUGUAGAGGCCCAUGUUGCGUUUUGGCAUCGAGAUACUAAAAUAAGUACUGAAAUUCUGAAGAUUAAUAUGUCUGCGACGGGCGUUGAGAAUGUCGCGAGUAACAGCGUUGACAUAUUGCGAGAACCGAUUUCUGCCAACGCAGAAGAAUCUUUCGUUAUAGAAACAAAACCGAAAAUUUCUGGACUUGAAGAUGUGGAACACAAAGAUGUGCUGGAGAUGAAUAUCGUGAGGGAAGUAUCUCAAGACAACAAUGAUAAUACCAGUGAAGAAUACAUUCUACGUGAACCAAAAACGGAGGAAGCAGUCGAUAUCAAGGAAGAAGAAACGGAAGAAAGAUCAGGAGUGUCUCAAGAGCAACCGGAAGGAUCGGUGAGCACUGGUAAUUUAAGCGUAUUUGUUUGCCCGCCGGAGUUAGAAAACAAAGAGGAUGAAAUACAGCGGGAACGGCAGAAGAUGAUGCAGGAAAUUGCUCAUAAUAUCGGUAUUCUAAAGAACUAUUCUAAACCAGGUUUGUCCAUAAUAGAUAAACUACAAGACAAGAUGCGCACAGAUACAAUUGUUAGUCCUGUUUCUGAAUGCGAUUCGUCAGCGCCGAACGUUCCGGAGAUAAGAGAAAAUCCUUCAUUGCUUCUCACGAGUUCUACCGUAGAAUCCGAAAACAAUAUAAUCAUCAAGGAGGAUGUGCUGAGUCAACCGAAUAGUCAAGAAAAUCUCUCUGCUUCCACAGAAGAACAGUCGAUUACUAAUAAAUCAGAGACGAAGGACAUGACGAACGAUAAAGCAGAUGGGAUAAAGAUCCGGGAUCCUCUCGCAAUCAUGGAUCCGUGCAAGAAAGACGAUGAGAGCGAUGGUGAAAUCAGCGAUAACGAGCGUUCGGCGCCAAUCUUCGAAUCGGAUUCUAGUAGCGAGCAAUCGGAUUUCGAGCCGCCAACCGAUGUCAACAUGAUCCUUAAGGAGACAUCAAGCAUGAACGCUUCGUUGUCGCGGGAUCCGAUGCUGACAACAAUUCAGAGAUUGGCAGCGCAGCUUCAGAAUGUCAAGCCGUUGGAGCCUGUGCCCGAACCAAUAGUUGACAUUAAAGUGGAGAUUAAAAGCGAACCCAUGUCGUCGAUCCCGAAUCCACCGGAUGUCAUACCGAUCGCCACUGCCAAGCGUCUGUUGGCGAAAGAAUUAAAUGAUAAGAAUUUGUCGGAAACACCGGUGCCACGCGGUGAUGUCAGUCCACCCAAGAAAUUCAUCAGGUUAAGGCGUCUGAGCGGUGACAUGCUAUCUGUGCCGGUACAAUCAUCAGGUAAUCAAGAGGACACGCGAGUUUGCAGUACAGACGGAACUCAAUCGGAUAGCGCAAUAGAUAUGUCACAGGCUGACACAGAGGAAGAGUGUUCGUUUUUGAAGAUUGAAAAUGUGAUUAGCCUCGCGCCCAAAUCUGAUAAUACUGGGAAUGAAAAUUCUAUUGUAAAUGACAUCAGAAAAGCAGUGGAGAUCUCUCCGAAGAAUAAAGGGAUACCUACUAUUCUGAGGAAAUCCAACCAAUCUAUAAUAUUGAAGAAGUUGAACAUUAUACCGCAGCCAUUGGCGAACGCUCAGGUUAUUCAACCUGCUACGUCGGAGCACAUGACGUUGCUUCCGAUUAAAAGUCCGCCAACGUCCUUGACAAAACCUAUUAGCACUCAUCGUUUAGCCACGAAUUUUGUGCCCAUUGCCCCAAAGAUGCGACAAGUGACUGUUUCGUCGGCAACCCCGUCCAAUUUGAAGAUACUAAAGGUAGUACGAACGCCUGUGCCGCUACUUAAAUCUUCCAAGGAUAUAUCGUUCUCUAUUGCAAUGAAGCUAAAGUCCAGAGACGCAUUCGCGGCAAUGUUGACAGAGACAAAACUGAUUCAUUUCUUUAAGUGCAUGGGUCAUGAUUGCCAUUACACGACCGACUCUAUGUCACUAUAUUCUGAACAUUAUCUCCAGCAUUGCAAUGAGACUAGUAAGCGGAACAAUAGCAUACCACCAUACGAUUACGAGAAGUGCGCUUAUUGCUACAUAUCUCUAAACAACUGGAACAGCAUGAAAACUCAUUUAUGGGAAAAACACAGUCUGUGCCGAUAUCAAUGCGUUUAUUGCUUCUAUCGGGCAAUUACGCCAUCCUAUGUACAACAACAUCAAAUGAUUUGCCAUCCCGGCAGUAGGAGUUACUUUUUAGUAGGUAAAAUGCUUAAACCAGUCCAAAAGCAGGAAGACAUUAAUCGUCAAGAUUAUGUAAAGCCAUUUGUGUGCAAACAGGAUUGUGGGCAGUUUUUUUAUACACUUGAAACAUUUGUUAUGCACUUAAAGACAAAACACCAAUCCUCUCAUUUCACGUGUCAUUUGUGUAACUCUGUACAUGAAACGAUAAAAUCAUUAAUGUCUCACUACAAGAUGCACGGAUAUUCCAAGUAUCAAUGUGUAUAUUGUUUACAUGGUACUGAGAUGUUAACUGAGAUGCACCAACAUUUAAGCACUUUUCAUUACAAUCGAUUACCACAAACCAUUGAGCGCUCGUUUCCUCCAACGAUAGAACGCAAUGCGGACGUUAUACAACAACUUAUUAUGCGAACAUUUAACGAGCUUAUAAAGAUGGACGAAAAAAAUAUCGAAUUAAAUGUUAACGAUUCCAAAAAGGAUACUUCCAUGAAAGAUGCAAUAAAUGAUCAGAUUUCUUCAUCAAAUGUAGAAAUUGCUUUGAAUCCAGAACAGUUUAAUGCACCAAACAACUCUACGGUAUCCAGCUUUACCGAUGAAAGCAGUUGUAAUAAUAUGAGUAAUGUGAAAGCUAGUGUCAAUGUUUCCAAUACUUCAGAAAAACAGUCUACAGAUGCAUCUUUCGCUGAUGGUAUCAUUGAAAAUGCAAAUAAAAAUAUUACUGAGAAAGAACCUCUACAAAAUAAAUCCUUCCUGCAAGGAUCGGAGAAGGGCAAGUUAAAUAUUGUAAAUCAGAUUCUUCAAGAACGGGAAUUUGAGCUACUAUCGUGUAUAAAUGAUUCUAGUACAGUGGAUCCGUUAGAACUCUCGAGUGAAUUCGAUUGCAGUGACGAAUUUGUCAAUACCAAUCUUCUAGAUAAUCCGGAAUUUUUGAAAAAUCUUGCCAUUGAUUCUAGUAAUGCAUCAUUCUCUAAUGAUGAUGCGGCAACGUCUGCGGAUAAAACGGAGGACAGUGAUAUCGAGAUUUUGGAGAAUAUUGAAAGCGAAAAGAAAAUUGGAGAAAAGAAUGUUGAAGAUAAUGCAAAUCGUCUAACGAUGAAUUUAAAAUCUUCCGUUAAACUAGAAAUUGAAAAAAAGGAACAGCCUGCACUAUGCGAUAAUGAUGAAAAUAAAUGCACAUCCCUAAAGGCAUCUACGAAUACAUCUGCAGACGUGCAGUCAGAAAAACCUUUAACUUUGGACGAUAUCAAAGAUACCGGUCGUGCUGGACUUGAAUUGUAUAAAUGUGGUUACCUAGAAUGCAGUUUCGCGGCGCCGAAUGCGACUUUAUUAAAGAUGCACAUUAAGAAAUGUAAUUUUGGAGAGCCUGUCAGAAAUUUAUUUUGCCCGCAUUGUAAAAAACGUUUUAUUAAAAUCGGUUUUCUUCUGGAACAUAUGAAAGCUCACGGAUUGAAGCGUUUCGGAUGUUCAUUAUGCAAGAAUAGAUUUGCGGUCUCGUAUCAAGCUACGGCGCAUAUGAAGACGAAACAUAAACAUCUCAACACGAAAUUAGUCCCUGCAGAUCCAACAAAUCCAUCGGUCGAAGGUCUCUUUAUUGUGCAAGCAACUCCUUUUGGAUCCACUGAACGGAAAACCAAGAAGCGCAAAGGUGCAAAAUCCGGAGUGGGACAAGAGUCUGAAAAAUCUACAGAUAUCGAGAAGUUAUCGUUCAGUCCUGACGAGAUAGAGCAAUUACCACGUCAGGCGAUUUAUAAUCGGGAAGUCCAGUGCGCUGUGUGUCCUUACACAACGAAAGUUCGAACAAACAUUAUCCGGCAUUUACAAUUACACGCGAAAGAUCAAACUGUGCCCGAGAGCGGACCUGUCAAUCCCGUUCCCUGUUUAGAUAAAAAGGAGAAAAUGUUCGAUAAGAUGGUGAAUCUGGCGAGUAGCUCGCAUCAAAACGGGCGAAUGGGUGGAAAACCGAAAGAAACUGUCAAAGAAAGCAAGGAAGACGAUAGUAUACCAAAGUUUAUACCGGAACAUAAAAGGUACGUGUGUAGCGUGGCCGAAUGUAAUUAUCUAACGGUGGAUGAAGCGAUGUUGAGAUAUCAUUUGAAGGCUUUACAUUCAGAAGAACCGUAUUUUCGUUGUCCGCAUUGUCCCACACCGUCACCAGGUCAAGAGAGCCAGAAUAUAGCGAUCGAUAAGAUGGGUGUUCACUUAAAAAUGCACGAUACAAGGCUCUAUAAAUGUUCUCACUGUAAUCACCAUCAUUAUCACAGUAUUGAAAUAUCAUCCAGACACGUUGUGGAGCGGCAUCUUACCGAUAAGCAUCCAGAAAAGAGACCAUUCGUGAAAGUAGUUAGAGAAAUUGAGAAUGCGGAGAAUGUUCAACAACCGAUUAACGAAGAAACGGAGGAAGAAGCUCCUGAUCCGGACGGUAAUCAUUGGAAGUGUAAUCUUUGCGACUUCAAAUGUGUUUACAAAGCUGAAAUAACUGUCCACGCGGAUACCAUUCAUGGCGAGAAUAAUCAAUACAAGUGUACCUUGUGCUCAUUCAAGACGAGCGGAAAAGUAGUUCUCGAACAACACAUGAGCAAUAAGCAUGAUUCCAAUGUCGAUUAUAUUGUGAUUUAUCAGAGGAUAAAGGGAGUCAACAAACGUAACGUGGAAACUACGGAGCAAGGUGGGCAGGAUGAGCCUUUCGAUACGACGCCGCUUUGGAGCAGAAGUGCGCCGCGAAUUCGACAUAUUCGCGGUAUUCUUUUAGAAGAGGAGAUUGAAGAGCCCGUGAUGUGCGAAGGGUUAUCGUCUCCUUCAAAAGUAUCUCUGGGUAAACGCAAAAACGACAUAGAAAUCUCGACAAAGCCAGCUAAGAUGAGAUCAGCCGGAAAAUCAGGUGAUGAUAAUAAUAAACAGCUUAAAGAGAAAUCGAAGAGAUCGCUCUCGUGCGACAAACCAUCUGAAGAAGCGGAAAGUGACGGACGAGUUAGAAAGGAAAGUGAGCAGAGCAAAAAUAAUACAGCGCGUGAUGUCAACAAAUCGUCUAAAGAUUCUAAAACGAGUGCACCUGAUUUGAAUGACUCGGAUGUGGGAAGAUUUGGACCUUAUGGCAAGCCGGAUGGUAACUUAUACAUCUGUACAUUGUGUAAUCAUUUCAAAACCAAGUAUAAGCACGAUAUGAGAGAUCACCUUUACAGGGAGUUAAAUUAUGCAAGGUGGCAUUGUAAAGCUUGCGGAUAUUUAUCGGUGAAUCGUAAUGCGUUAAUACAACAUUUCGGAAAACGCCAUAAUGGAGAAUCUCCGGAACAUGAGCCACUCUCUCCGGAUAACGCGAUUGAGGAUUGGGUAAUGACUUUACUGAAGAAGCAGACUGAUAUGAUCAAGGCGGCAUCUAAAAACAUCAAUGUUACCUACAAAAGUGUCGAGUUAUCCGAGAAUACAUCUGGAAGUGCUGGAAAUCGAGAAGUUGAUAACACAAUUUCUCCCCAAAAAACCCAAACUGAGAAGAGAACUGUAAAUCUCGCGCCUACAAUAUCUAAUCUACAGAGCGAUAUCCUUCGAGAUGUUAAUAGGAGUAGCAUAGAUACCGAUGAUGGUGAUAGCAGAGACAACGAGGAUCUUAUUAUCGAUAUAAAAGAAGAUGAAGCACUCGAGAAUAAGAACAACGAAAAUAAGCCCAAAAACGAUAAAUUUUGCGAAAAGAACGAAGAGAUAUCGGAAAAACCACUUGUUUGCAAACACUGUCAGAUGAUCUUUAAUCGUCCGCGCGGAUUAAAGCUGCACAUUCAAUACUCGCAUUUGAAACGACUCGGAUUCUUGUGUCCUUACUGCGACCGCAGUACCAACUCGGAGACGAUGAUGCGUCAACACAUUCGCUCAAAGCAUCCGAAGGAUCCGGAAAAGAUUAUACACAAUCCAUCCGCUUGGGAAAACACGAAGCUGACGAACGAAUUCUGGGAGAAGGAAUAUGGUAUUGUUUGUCCGCUAAAAACUAAAAAGAGAAAAUUAAACGCAGAGGAUGCCAGCGAUGCCACUGCAGGCAAUCGCGCGGACAUGCGAGAGAAGUGCGAGGUGUGCGGUUUCACGGCCAUGAAUUACACCGGUCUGAAAUCGCACAUGAGAUCGCAUACCACUCCCAAGCAUAAUCUCAAGUGCUCAUAUUGCACUUACAGUUGCUCCUUCAAGGCCGAAUUGCUGGAGCAUUGGGAAUUUAAUCAUCCUACGAUGCAGUUUAAGUACCAGGAAUUAUUGACGGCUAGAUCCUCCUGUGGCGAGACGAUAAGUAAGUCGUCGAUGCCUAAGAAACAGGAUAUCGAUACAUGUGACAUGUUAGAUGACAUAGAGGAGGAAGAGGAGGAGGAGGAAGAAGAGGAAGAGGAAUCUGCAAUAUCUGCUGGCAAAUUGACGCCGACGAUAAUCUACAAUUGCUUCUAUUGCAUUUUUCGCAGCAAUUCAUUGUCGUCCGUCAAGCGACAUUGGAGUUAUGUGCAUAAGGAAUCGAAAGGUCCGGAAACCGCUUUCAACGCAAAAAUCAAUCUACCGUUUAAGUACAAGGAGAUACCUCUAUCGAGAUUAUCAUCAUCCAAGGAUUGUGCGAACAAGAAUGUCAUCAAAAAAUCGCCUCGCGACUUCGUAGAGCGGUCAGAAAAUCUAUCAUCGAUCGUGGUUCAACGACGCGGAUGGAUCUGUCAGUGGUGCCAGGAAUUUUGCGAGACUGACAGUGAUAGAAUGACGCAUCAGAACAUGUUUCAUUCUCAUCUGCCGCAGAAAUGGCAGGAGCAGCUGCAGCAACAGAAGCAGGAUCAAUCGAAAGGCACGCCGAUACGGCUCUCUGCAUAUAAUACUACGAAAUAUUCAAGUCCCGUAGUAAAAACCGAAAGUAUUCCUAACUCGGGUAUGGAGAACUUGAUAGUGAAUCAGGCUAAGCGGAGCCUGGAUUUUAGUAAUGUUGCGAUGAAGAGCAUCCAGAAACAUAUUUCGGUGCUUAAAGGUGGCAAUGCUAGCGGUGGUCAUCAGGCCGUCGCGAGAAAGUCUACAACAAGAUCCAUUAUCUCGAAUGCGAGACCAGGUCCGCGUGUGUUCAAGACUAUCGCUCGUAAAUCCACGAAUCCGAAGCCAAGAUAUCCAUCAAGCACUUUUAUGUCAUACCACGCGCAGUCGAUAUCACGCAGCAUAAAAACAAAAUUAGAUGCGGGAGAGACGGAGAGUGAACCGUCCUCCCAUUACGGAAUACCAAGCAGUCCAAUUAAUCUGGCCGAGUUGAACACGUAUAUGGUAGUUGGAGGUCAUAAUAUGAGAUUAACUUGCCUCACUCUGUCUACGUUGAUUAAUAUUAAUCCAAAAAUAUUAUUGAAGGAUAUCAGGAAAGAUCCUAGAUAUGCCACGAUUUUGUCGAACUCCGACUAAUGUCAUAUUUAUUUUUUUCACAUAAUAGAUAAAUAGGUCGAUAUAUAAUUUCGUAUUAUAUGGAGAUUCAGGAUUUUUCAUCAUUAAUAAUGAUUAAAUUACCGCGAAAAUUGAUAUAUGAGUAGAACUACAAUACAAAAUUUUAUUUAUAAUUUUUGUACGAAACUUAUUUACGAUAUCAGAAACAAAAAACAAUUAAUGUCGUUUGUAUCUUUUUAUUUUUGAUUUCUCCGUUUCAUAGAAUGCUACAUGUAUAUAGUAAAAGUGAUGGUACACAAUUAAAAAACAGCAUUAAAGAAAAAAAUCAUAUAAACGAUUAGUACAAUUAAAAAGUUAGUAGAAUAUUUUAUUUUAAAAAAUGUCGUCUCAAGUAUAUAUUAGACAUGAUACUUUUAUAUGAUACCGAACAAACAUAUAUGAUCUGUUGAAAUUGAAUUUGUUAAAUUUAUAAUUACAUCACAACUUAUCAUGCUAAUUAUCGAAAAAAUUAAAUAAAAAACUAUUUUUAAUAUCUUUUCUAAAAUUAGCCAUUUUUGCAUCACUCAACAUUGCAUUCAUUUCACUCAAAAUAGCAAAACAAUUUUAAUAUGAAAUAAGGAAAUGAAAUGUCAUAAAAUAUAUAUAU